AUGAGCGAAGAAGCAGCCGCGACGUCGAGUCGGACAGCCAUCGGCCUGGCCUUCGGCAACAGCUAUUCCAGCAUCGCCUACACCUCGCCCUCGGACGGAAAGCCAGAAUGCAUCGCUAACGAGGAAGGUGACCGCCAGAUCCCCUCGAUCCUCUCCUACGUCUCCGGGGAAGAGUUCUCGGGAACGCAAGCCAAGGCUCAGAUCGUACGGAAUCCGCGCAACACCAUCGCGUACUUCCGCGACUUUCUCGGCAAGACAUUCAAAGAGGUCGACCCUUCGCCGUGCCAUGCGAGCGCACAUCCCGAGGACAAGGACGGCGAGGUGGUAUUCAGCGUGCAGGAGAAGGUCAACGAGAAUGGAGAGCCUGAGGGAGACAAGAGUGUGCUCAGCGUGCAGGAGGUCGCGAGGCGGCAUCUGAAGCGCUUGGCGAGCAGUGCCAGUGAUUAUCUGGGGAGAGAAGCAAAUGCCGCCGUCAUCACGGUGCCAUCCGACUUCUCGGACAAACAGAAAGAGACGCUCGCUACUGUAGCACAGGACGCGGGUCUGGAGGUACUGCAAUUCAUCCCAGAGCCGGUGUCCGCAUUGCUGGCACACGAUGCAAAGGUUCAGCAAGCUGGAGAAGCGCAGCCCGCACAAAAGGACAAGGUUGUGCUCGUAGCAGACCUGGGCGGCACAAGAAGCGAUGUCACUGUUGUUGCCAGCCGAGGUGGCAUGUAUACGACCCUGGCGACGGCACACGACUACGAGCUGGGCGGCACGAGUCUGGACAAGGUACUCAUCGAGUACGCGGCGAAGGAAUUCCUCAAGAAGAACAAGAGCGCAAAGGACCCGCGUGAGAAUGAGCGCAGCUUGUCGAAGCUCACCCUGGAAGCCGAAGCGGUCAAGAAGGCACUGAGUCUGGGAGGCACGGCCGCCUUCUCGAUAGAGUCGCUCUCCGAUGGCAUCGACUUCAGCCUUUCGGUCAACCGCACACGGUUCGAAUUGCUCGCCAACAAGGUCUUCAUGUCCUUCACUCGCCUGAUUGAGAGUGCUGUGCACAAGGCAGACCUUGACAUUCUGGACGUCGACGAGAUUCUGCUGAGCGGCGGCAGUGCACACGUCCCCAAGAUUGCGUCCAGUCUGCAAUCGCAUUUCCCCGAGGGCACCGUUGUGAUCUCACCCAGCACAUCACCUUCCGCGGUCAAUCCCAGCGAGCUGACGGCGAGAGGCGCUGCCAUCCAAGCCUCUCUCAUCGCAGAGUUUGAGCGUGCGGACAUCGAGGACAACACCGAGGCGGUGGUGACAGUCACCCCUCAUCUUCCCCACGCCAUUGGCAUUGUCACCGGCAACGACGAACUCGCCGUCGUUGUUCCACCCGAGACCCCGGUCCCGGUACGGAGGACAGCUCAGAUCACCGUCAAGGAAGGUGGCGAUGUCCUCCUCAAGCUCGCCGAGGGCGUGCGAGAGAUCAAGGUCACGCAAGAAGAGAAGAAGGCAGCCACCAACGGCGCCAAAGACGAAGAUGAUGACGACGAUGACGACGAUGACGAAGACGACGACGAGGACGACGAGCCCGAGGAGAUCCGCUCCAAGGUGUGGAAGCCCACCAAGGCUCUCGCGGAGGUCGGCAUUAGAGGCGUGAAGAAGGGAGGAAAGGUCGAGAUACAGGUCAAUGUGAACGUAGACCUCAGCGUGGCGGUGGUGGCGAGAGUUGUCGGGGACAAGGGUGGUGUGAGGGGAGCGCUGGAGGCUGGUCGGCCGCAGUAG